AUGGCGUCCUUACCCAGCAGCAGCAGCGCCAGCAGCAGCAGCUGCGCCAGCAGCAGCAGCAGCAGGACUCAGAACAGCUGGAUCGUCCGCAGCCAGCAGCAGAGCCAGCAGCAGAGCCAGCAGCAGAACCAGCCCAGGCCCAUCCAGAUCAGCUUCGAGUCCCAGCGCCAGAAUGAGGUCCGUGUCCAGAUCGAGAGUGGGUUCCAGGGUGAGGAGACCAGGCGCCAGACCCUGACUGUCCAGCGCCAGACCAGCAGCAGCCAGCCCGAGGCCACCUUCCAGACCUCCCAGGGCCAGCAGCAGCAGUGGCAGUCCCGCCAGCAGCGCCAGCAGUCCGAGAGGCGCGAGCAGGAGCAGCAGAUCCGUGAGCAGCAGGAGACCCAGCAGCAGAUCAGGCAGAUCAGGCGCCAGCAGCAGGAGUACGAGGACCAGCAGCAGGAGACCCUGCAGCAGCUGCAGCAGCAGGAGCGUGACAUCAACCGCACCCCUGAGGACCGCAUCCGUGUGAGGCAGCAGCGCCAGCAGCAGCAGCAGCAGGUGCAGCAGCAGGUGCAGCAGUUCCAGCAGCAGAUCCAGCAGAUCCAGCGCCAGCAGCAGCAGCGUGAGCAGCAGCGCGUCCAGCGUCAGCAGCAGAACACCCUGACCAACACCUUCCUGCAGAUCGUCCGCAGCCUGCCCAGGCAGCAGCCCCAGGUCCAGCCUGGCUGUGUUCUGGUCCAGCAGAGCCUCUGGUCUGAGUGCCAGUCCGACAGGCAGUGCAGCCAGGGUGAGCAGACCCGCCGCGUCUCUGUGGCCUGCGAUCCUCAGGCUUCCCGUACCCAGCAGCAGCAGGACAGGAAGACCCUGUGGUCCUCUCAGGAGGAGCAGAGCCAGCAGUGCCAGACUUUCGUCGAGAGCCGUCCUUGCCAGAACUGCAAAUGCCAGGGUGUGAUGACCCGCAUCCGGCAGUCUCACCGUAACGGCGCCUGCUACUCUACCCAGAAGUUCCUGCAGUGCGAGCGCCCCUGCAAGGGUGUCGACGAGACCUUCCAGAAGGUCUCCUUCAACUGCCCCCACCUCAGUGCCAAGACCGACCGUGACCAGACUCACUUCACCGCCGGUAUCGAGGUUCCCCAGGACUGCGUGUGCCCCGCCCACCAGUGCGUGGACUCCCGCAGGACCUCCGACAUCUUCCGUUACGGCAGCAGCGAGUCCGGAUCCCGCUCCAACGUCCAACGAGAAUACGCGCUGGAAUUCUCGCAGCCGUAG